UGACAUCGUGGAUCAUCGCCCCGCUCUUUGCGAACGUCGUUUUAUUGAGACGCAGGCACGUUUGCAGCUGAUAUUAAGACGGGGAAAUAUUUACUCCCACUUUAAUGCGCUUGCUCGGCAUUAGAUUUAUGACUUCAUUUCAAAGAGUGGGAAGCCUAAAAAGGCCCCCGCUGUCUGUCCGGACCAUGUGAGCGCCGAGGAUUUACAGCAAACUUAAUGGAUAUACGUUCUCAUCUCACUAUGAUUCAGUUUUGGAGAGUCUGACGCAGCGAAAAUGCUGAGCUUUCACACAAGUAUGAUGGUUUUCCGAAUCCUGGUUCUGAUUAUUUUGCAAGGCGUUUUGAUGCCCCACGUGAAAUCCGAGAGCGACCCCAGAAGUGUCCCGGACUCCCAGGUGAUGGGCUCCACGGGAUCCGAGGCUUCAGAGCCGCCUGAGACCUCAAGGUCCAGACAAAAGCGCUGCACCUGUUAUUCCUACACGGACAAAGAGUGCGUCUAUUACUGCCACCUGGACAUCAUCUGGAUUAAUACACCUGAGCGCACUGUGCCUUAUGGUAUGUCUAACUACAGAGGACCAAAGAGAAGGAGACGUGAUGCUGCUGCAGCACCAGCGCCUGAAGGUGGUCGAACUCAGAUACGCCGAUGUGUCUGUGCUGUGACAGAUGCAGACCCCGGGUGUCAACGCUUCUGUCUGUCGAGCCCACAUCAGACUUGACUAUCCAGGAGUCUCCACAGAGUCCCCUGCUUUGGAUGAUGCCACAGCAACCGUCCAUCUUCUGCUGUUCCUAGGUCAAUGGAUCUUUCCACUCCCCUUCAUCCACUUCCAUUUGACCUCCGUUUGGCUCCUUGACUCCCAGGUACAAACUGUAAAAAAGAACUUCGGAGUUGCAUAUUGCCAACAUUCCUCGGCAUCAAUACUCUUGGAACAAGUUCCAUCAGGCCAACAGGUUUCAAGAAGUCAUCUGGAAAAUUCGAUGCAGACCUCUUGGGGCUAUUCUUACUUUUUGCUACCUUUUUGAGAAAACCCAAGGGAUUGUUUUUCACUAUCAACGCAAUAGCAAGUGACCUUGCUUAUGUCAAGCUUAACCAGACCAACUUCUGGUUUUGGUUUAUUUGCUGUUGACUGUAACUUUCAAACUUAGUUUUGUCUAGACCAACAUAUAAGCUUAUAAAAGUGUAUGAGAUGGUUUGUUCCACAGAUCAGGCCACAAAGCAAUAAAUGUCCAAAGAAAUCCAGGAAACCCAGGGAAUAAUGGGGUGAGGGCUUGUCAUAAAAAUAGGGAAACAAAGGCUUGAAGUUGCAGCACAAAAGUACUGGACAUACUGUUUUAAUUUGAUAUUUUCCAGAUUAUUAAUCAUUGAUAGGAAAGGCACUGAAAGCCCAAUUUAUAAGUACACCUUACUUGUAAUGUAUCCUUACUCCCCUUCAGAACUGCUUUGAUUCUUUCCUGCAAAGAUUCCGCAAAAUGUGCCUUUUGUCAAGUAACAAGUCUGAGAUUAUUUCAGAUUUUUGACUUAGGUAGGGUGUGCUGUUUAAAAUUCGCACAGUUGAUACUAAGGAACCCAAAUGAUGCCAGAAAUGUUCCCCAUACUAUAACGACACCUAUACUGGUCAGAACUGUUGAUGGUGGAUGGACUCAUACUUUGCAGAUAUUUAAUCCUAACUCUGACCGUAUCAUCCUAAUGAUGCAUCAACAUUGCUACUUAUCUGGUCCUACAAAACAAUAACAGUUUUGCAGUUUGUUAAAGUUCAGUGUUGGUAAGCAUGGUAACUUCAGUUUUCUGUUCUCUCACUGGAGUGGUUUCUGAUGUGGUCUUCUGCACUGUAGUCCAUCUACUGCAAGUUUUGAAGACUUUUAUAUUCAAAAAUGGCAUUCCUUGGAUGUAGCUGUUAAUAAUUUGGGCAAUGAAGAUUGACACGAACAGGUAGAGUAGAGCUGCAUGAACUGUACUCAACUGUGACUUGAAUAUAACCAUCAGACACUAAUUUAACAUUUCUUAAACUCUGAGGUGGUUAGCAGGUAUGGUAUGUUUUUUUAUGUGGUAAAUGGUAAAUGGCCUGUAUUUGUAUCGUGUUUUAUCAAGCCCAGAGGACCCCAAAGCACUUCAAACUACCUUCAUUCAUUCAUUUAUUAAUAAUACCACUUCUGAUUUUUAAGUAAGACAGUCCUACAUUACAUAGAAAUGUCCAUUGGCAUUAUGCCUUUGGGUCACUCUGAUUAUUCUUUGAAAAACAUGUCAAUAAUUUAUGCAGCUGCAAGUGAAAUCGUUUGUCCUCAAACAUUGUCAUUGAAUCAGAAAAAAUGGGCAAGCGUAAGGAUUUAACGGUAUUGAACAUGGUUCAGAUUUUCCAAGCAUCUCUAAAACUGCAGCUUAGGUGUUUCUGGUCUUUAGUGGUCGGCGUUUCUUAAACUAGUCCAAGAAAGGACAACUGUAGGGUCAUGGUCAACCAAGGCUUACCAAGUGAAAGUUGGCCCUUGUGUUCAGACCUAACAGACACAGCCUGCUUUAACUCAAACAGUUGAAAUUAAUGGUAUUUCUGAUACAAAAAUGUCCAAAUACACAAUGCGAUUUAUUACAUAUGUCAUAGCAUACCUGCUAACCAGUGGAAACAAUGUUUCCUUAUAGAUAUAUCUUCUUGUACUAGAGAUGGCAACAAGUUUGAGCCAGAUUGUCUGGCCUUAAAAUUCCAGACAAUCUCAAUUCAAUCAAACAUAUUGAUUGCAUUGAGAAGGUCAGACACUUGUCUUCCUUGUCUUUGUCUGUUUAUUGUCUUCUUUGAAUUGUUGUACUGAAUUGAAUUUUGUUGUGCUUCUGUACAAAACCAAUACAAAGCAUUCUGAUUCUGAUGUUUGGAUUGUGCUGGACAAAUAAGUCCAAAUCAUAGAGGUCACAUCCUUGGAUCUCACAAGACUGAAAGGACCUGCUAAAAUGUGUUGGUACUAGAUAUCACAGGGCACCUCCAGCAUUCUUGUGGAGUUCAUCCUUCGAUGGAUUGGGGUAUUUUCAGCAGCAAAAGUGCACCAAAAUACUAACAGACACAUGACCAUGAUGUUAAGCCUUAUGAGUGUUUAGUUUGUCUACAACUUUGGGCAUGACAUGAAAUACAACAUCAACACUAAUACAGAAAUGUUCUAUAGUUAAUUGGAAGGAGCAUCAGCCUUAAAGAAAAAUAACAGUGGACUUGUGAAUGUUGCAUUCUUUAAAACUAAAGACAUUGGGAUUAAACCCAUGUUUACAAAAGAAUUCAGAGUUUCAGAAUUUCCAGACGCAGUUAUUUUAUUAUUUUGUAAACUAUGUAUAGCAUGUAUAAUGUGUAUGCAUAACUUGUAUGUACAUUUCAGACGGCUGUAUUCAUACUUAACAAACACAAAACCACGUAUACCAGGAUAAUCCUAAUUGAAUAAUGAUCAAUGAUCGUGAUUUGAAGAUUUCACUAAUUUGUCUAGCCAAUUGAACAGUUUUCAUUGUUGGAGCAGAUUGUGAGUUAAAGGUUGGGGUAUUUUGGGGGAAAUGAAUUAUCUUACUCUCUUGUUAAAACAUGUUGCUCGAAUCUUAUUUGUUAUUGUUUUCCUGCAUCUCAUCUUGUAAUAAAGAAUUUAUUUCUUUUUUUGACAGUCUAUUCAAAAGCGUUAUUUUUGCUGUCAUAUGUGCACAUAGGACAUGGGUUUAUAUUGACCUUCCUUACUCAAUGUGGAAUAAAAGUGUACAACAAC